UCAAUUGUUUCUUUUUUCUUUUUCUUUACCUUCUCUUCUUACAGAGCAUAAGUUUUUUUUUUUCUUCGAUUUGUUGAUCUGCCACAUCGGUCUCGAUCUUUGUUUGAAAUGGGAACUUGAGAUCAUAGAGAGAGAAGCUAGAAGAUUCAAGGGAGAGGGUUUGAAGGGGGAAAAAGAGUAGGUAAAGAUUGGGCCUUUAGAGAGUAAUUCAGUGAUUUUUUUUUGAAAGGGUGAAAGUGAGGAUGGUUUGGACUUUGGAGUAAUUGUUGAAGAAUUGUGUUAAAGUUUGGGUUUUUAAUUCUGGGUUUUGUUUGAUUUGUUUGGAUUUUGAUUAUGGGUGGGUGUUUUCCUUGUUUUGGAUCAUCAAACAAGGAAGGGAGUAAUGGUGGGGACACUGUGAAAGAACUGAGCAAGAAGGAUUCAACUAAAGAUGGCUCAGUUGGACAGUCUCAUCAUGUUAAUAGAGUUAAUUCAGACAAAUCGAAAUCUCGGAGUGCUUCUGAUUCUAAGAAGGAACCUGCAGUACCUAAAGAUGGACCAACAGCAAAUAUUGCAGCACAAACAUUUACCUUUCGAGAGCUUGCCGCUGCCACACAGAACUUCAGGCCAGAAUGUCUAUUGGGAGAAGGGGGUUUUGGACGUGUUUACAAGGGUCGCUUGGAGAGUACAGGACAGGUAGUUGCCGUCAAACAGCUUGAUAGAAAUGGCCUUCAGGGAACUAGAGAAUUUCUUGUUGAAGUUCUCAUGCUUAGCCUCUUACACCACCCAAACCUUGUCAACUUGAUUGGUUAUUGUGCUGAAGGGGACCAACGCCUCCUUGUCUAUGAGUUUAUGCCUUUAGGGUCAUUGGAGGAUCAUUUACAUGAUCUUCCACCAGACAAGGAACCUCUGGACUGGAAUACCAGAAUGAAGAUUGCAGCUGGUGCAGCCAAGGGAUUGGAAUACUUGCAUGAUAGAGCUAAUCCUCCUGUUAUAUACAGGGACUUAAAAUCAUCGAACAUCCUUCUUGACGAAGUCUAUCACCCUAAAUUAUCAGAUUUUGGGCUUGCAAAACUGGGUCCUGUUGGUGACAAAACCCAUGUGUCCACACGUGUGAUGGGCACUUAUGGUUAUUGUGCACCAGAAUAUGCAAUGACUGGCCAGCUCACUCUAAAAUCUGAUGUGUAUAGUUUUGGAGUGGUCUUUCUUGAGCUUAUCACAGGACGCAAGGCCAUUGAUAAUACAUGUGCUCCCGGAGAGCAUAAUCUUGUUGCAUGGGCACGACCACUAUUCAAAGAUCGUAGGAAGUUUCCGAAAAUGGCUGACCCACUACUGCAAGGUCGUUAUCCAAUGCGUGGAUUAUACCAAGCUCUUGCAGUUGCAGCAAUGUGUUUGCAGGAACAAGCUGCUACAAGGCCUCUAAUAGGCGAUGUUGUGACAGCCCUUACAUAUCUAGCCUCACAGACCUAUGAACCCAAUGUGCCCAGCAAUCACAGCAACAGAGUUGGUCCAUCAACGCCAAGACUCAAGGAUGAUCGAAAGAGUAUAGCAGAUGGUUUGGACAGCCCAGAUGAUCGUGGACAGCAUGGUUCCCCUUCUACCCGUAGAAAUUCACCUGAUUACAGGAAGAGGAAUCAUGGUAGGGAAUUGAGCUUUGGUGCAGAAUUAGGCAGGAAUGAAGCUGGUGGGGGGUCAGGGAGGAAAUAUGGUUUAGAUGAUCCAGAACGACAGGAAUCUCAUAGAGAUAGCCCUCUGAACCCUGUGAGAGCAAGGGAAACUCCACGUAAUCGUGAUCUUGAUAGAGCACACGCUGUUGCAGAGGCUAAAGUAUGGGGUGAGAAUUGGAGGGAGAAAAAACGGGCAAUGGGAAGCUUUGAUGGUACAAAUGACUGGCGCAUCCAAACUACUUAAUUCAUGUCAUUUUGCUCGUUCAAGCGAUGCCAUGUUGUAUCAUUGUAAGGGUCGUCAUUGGAAAAGAAGAAAACUUUGAAGAUAAACCAUCCUUUGCUGUCAGUCUCCAUUUCUACCCAGGAAAUAAGAGUUAAUGCGUAUAUCCUACUUUGACUGUUGCUGCUUGUCCUAUAAUCAUUCUUGUAGUUGAGUAUGAAACUGAAUGCUUCAAAUUAUGUGGUUGAAGGAAGAAACACGGUUAAAGAAGGUAUCGAAAGCGGUUGACCGGUUCGGGGCAUUCACAGGUAAAUUACUGCAGCCGAGAAAAUAUUGUAUGCAAUAUGUUAAUCCAUGUCUUUAGGCUUUUUAUUUUAUUUUAUUUUUUCUAAGAUUCAUGUUACAGGAGAUGUUGGGAAGACGUCUAAUUUUUGCCCCAUAUUAUUGUCUUGUAUGCGGAGAGAACGUAGUGGGUUUUGUGUGGAUGUCUCAUUGGUGUUGGCAUCUUUUGUAGUCGUACAGUUCUUGCGCAUGGAUUUCUGAGUCGGUCCUGCUUUCGGCUUGAUACAGAGGUUUCAUGAUAUUAUUUUCAUGUAUGAUGAUCGUCAUCAUAUUGUUCUCUAUGUAAUUACGUCUUUCCU